CGGCCGGGCGGGACUAGGGGCGCGGGCGCGCCAUGCAGGGGGCCCGGGCUGCGCCCUACCGCCUGCGGCCGCUGCCGAACCUAUGGCUGCUGCCUCUGUUGUUUCUGCUUUUGAACCGGAUUCGUUUACAGGGCAGCCCUGGUCCAAUGCAGUGCUACCGAGCUGGAUCCUUAGGAGACUUGAACUGCUCAUGGGAGCCUCUUGAGGACUUAGGAGCCCCCUCCACGCUGCACUUCCAGAGCCAGAAGUACCAUCUCAACAGAACUCAGGUCGUGGCAGUGCCUGCGGGGCAGAGCUGGGUGACCAUUCCGCGGGAACUGUUCACAGAGUUUGACACACUCCUUGUCUGGGGAGCCAAGGCAGGUGGGCCUCUUUGGCCCCCAAUCUCCGUGGACCUAGAAACCCGAGUGAAGCUGGAUGCCCCGCGGCUGUCCCCUGACAUAAACUUUUCAGAGGACGACCCCCUGGAGACCACUGUCCAAUGGGCCCCACCCACAUGGCCACACCAUCAGGAGGACAUGGUCUGUCAGUUCUACUACCGAAGAUGCCAGGAGGAGGCCUGGACCCUGCUGGAGCCAGAACUGAAGUCCAUACCUCUGACCCCUGUUGAGAUCCAGGAUCUGGAGCUAGCCACUGGCUAUGAGAUGUCUGGCCGCUGUCGAAUGCAAGUAGAAGAGGAUCUGUGGGGCGAGUGGAGCCCCAUUCUGUCCUUCCAGACACCGCCCUCUGCUCCAAAAGAUGUGUGGGUGUCUGGGAACCUCUGUGGACCAAGAGCUGCUGAACAGGAAGCCUUGCUCCUGUGGAAGGCCCCAGGGCCCUGUGUGCAAAUGAGCUACAGAGUCCAGUUCUGGCUUGGAGGUAGAGAGGUGCUCCAGGAAGGGACCCCCUGCUGCAGCUCCUCUAUCCCAACCCAGGCGGAGUGGGCUGGGGUGUCCGCUGUCAACACCAGCACCCGGGAGAUCUUCACUAACCUAUCUUUGGCCUGCUCAGGCUCUGCCCCCCAUGAUGUGGUGGUCAGCAGCACCACUGACAGUAAGGAGCUGCUGGUGACCUGGCAGCAGGAAGCCAGGGAGCUGUGGGAGCAUGUGGUGGACUGGGCUCGAGAUGGGGAUACCCCAGAGAACCUCAGCUGGGUCCGGCUUCCCCCAGGGAAUCUCAGUGUCCUGUUGUCAGGGAAUUUCGAGAAAGGAGUGCCCUAUCAGAUCACAGUGACCACAGUCUCUCCUUGGGGCUUGGCUCCUGCCCCCUCAGUCUGGGGAUUCAUAGAGGAACUAGCACCCCUGAUGGGGCCAGAGCUUUGGCGACUCCAGGAUGCGCCCUCAGGCAUCCCCACCAUAGCAUGGAGAGAGGUCCCACGGCACCAACUUCGUGGCCACCUUACCCACUACACCUUGUGCAUACAGAGUGAAACUGGGUUCCGCGUCUGCACUAAUGUGAGUGGUGUCACCCAGAAUGCUACCCUGACAAACCUUCACUGGGGUACCUUUGAGCUGUGGAUGACUGUGUCCAACAUGGCAGGACAGGGCCCACCUGGUCCCAGAAUCCAGCUGCACCUACCAGAUAACACACUGAAGUGGAAAGUUCUUCCAGGUGUCCUACUGCUAUGGGGUGUGCCCCUGAUGGGCCUGCUCCUGGCCAUCUCUGGAAGGUGCACCCACCUUUGGCACAAGGUGCUGCCCCACUGGGUCUGGGAGAAUGUUCCAGACCCAGCCAAGAGCAAUUCUGGCCAGCCCCACAUCGAGGAGGGGCUCCAGGCCCGGCCCCUCGAAGACGUACCCAUCCUGGAGGUGCAGGAAAUGGAGCCACCACCAGGUAUGGAGCCCUCCCAGCCCCUCACCACGCUUGACUAUGGGUAUGAGAAACACUUCCUGCCCACACCCGAGGAGCUGGGCCUGCUGGGGGCCCCCAGACAUCAGAUUCUGGCUUGAACCUUACCCCAGGCCGGGGGCUACAGGUCACAUCACAAAGGUGCUCACCCCAGCCCUAGAUCAGCCCUGUUGACAGAUGAAGACAUUGAGGCUGAGCGAGGCCAAGUCAUUUGCCUGAGGGCACCCAGCUGGAAGAGCUGGGAUUGAAGGACCUCCACAGAGAAGGGCCAGCCCUAGUAGGACUACAGUAGGUGAACGAAGGAGUAAAAGAAAAUGUAUGAUGAAAUCAAGAGCAUCAGCUGCCUCCCAAAGUCUGUCCUUCCGUUUUAACAGAACUGUAAUUGGGAACAAUUGCCAGCCUCCCUUGCAGCCAGGUGCAGGUAUGGACUGAGUUCUCACCAACAGAACAAGAGCAGAAACGAUGUGUGCCACUCUCACCCCCCACCCUGUCUGGUGGGCCUUAAGACACUGGGUAGGGGCUCCUCCACAUUCUCCUCCCUUUCCCAUGAGCUGGAGAAUCACCGUGCCCUUGUUCCAGGUUUGACCAUGCCCAAGGAGAGGGUGGGGCAAGAAGUGGGAAAGAACCUAAGUCUCUGAGUGAUCACAUGGAUCCGAGCCAGUGGAAAAAUAAACUUUUAUGUUUUUAUAGCUACUGUAGCUUGAGGUCUUUCGGUUAUAGCAGCUAAAUCUGUACUCUCGCUGAUUUCAUACUCUUUGAUUCCAGUAAACCUUUGAUUUCCCACCAGAAAGUGGUGGGGAAGUUCUGUGUUAGCAACACACACAUUUCAAGCUGUCCAAGU